CAUGUAGUUCCGAUAACUUCCGUUCUACAAGGAUUUUAGGCUUUACUAUUGCAAUCACAGAAAUAAUUUUUGGAAUAGUAAAUUUAAUUCGUGACGUGUCUGAAAUUUUAAAUUAAAAGAAGCUUAUGAUAACUGGAAGGAAUACGAUGCAUGUCAUGUGAGAAGUUGUUUGAUUACAGUAUAUAUAUAUAGUUUUUUUUUAUGAAAACGAUAUCGUGAUAACCUUCACGAGUACGGAUAGUUCACCAUCUGUUUGUUGCCAAUUUUCAUAAAUGUAUAGCUAUUUUGGGAUCAAAUAAUACUUUAAAAAUCAUCACAAGACAGAAUAUAUUUGGCAUCCUUGAAGAAUAUUUAAACAACAGUUUAUCAAAAAAAAAAUUAUUUACAAGUCAAUUAUAAAGAAUUUUUUAAACACUUUGAAGAGAAAAAUGUAUUAAAAUAUAAUUUGUUGACGCUCGUUUAUCGUAUUAUAUUUAUUGAGAUUUUUUCAACAAAGCAAAAAAAAAAAAAAAAACAAAAAAAAAAUGUCAAAAGGAAACGAUAGUUUUGGCAGUAACACGUGUAUUGUAUGUUACAAAAAUGUCAACAUCUUCAGUAUUGGAAUGUGUGAACAUCCCGUUUGUUAUGAAUGUAGUACACGAAUGCGUGUACUUUGUCAACAAAAUGAAUGUCCAAUUUGUCGUCAGGAUUUACCAAAAGUUGUAUUUACACGUGAACAAAAGCCAUUUCGACAUCUUCGUAAAGGACCAUUGGUCGACGAGAGAUAUAAUAUAUUUUUUGAAAAUCUCGAAAUUCAAGAGAGAUUCACUGAGCUAUUAGCUCACAGUUGCUCAAUAUGUCCCGAGAGACAAGUCUUUAGUAGUUUUACUAGUUUAAACGAUCAUAUGCGACGAAGACACGAUCGAUUCUUUUGUGAACUUUGUGUCGACAAUUUAAAGAUAUUUUCCCAUGAAAGACGCUCUUACUCGAGACAUGAAUUGAAUCAACAUCUUAUAAAGGGUGAUUUAGAUGAUAAAAGUCACAAGGGUCAUCCACAAUGUAAAUUUUGUGUAAAACGUUAUAUGGAUAAUGAUGAAUUAUAUCGACAUUUAAGAAGAGAUCAUUUAUACUGCCAUUAUUGUGACGCCGAUGGUCUUCAUCAAUAUUACAGUUCAUAUGAUUAUCUCAGGGAGCAUUUUCGUCAUGAACAUUUUCUUUGUGAAGAAGGAACAUGUGCUGAGGAGAAAUUUACAAGUGUUUUUAGAUCGAAUAUCGAUUUAAAAGCUCAUAAAGCAACAAUUCAUGGACGACAAAUGGGAAAAGCGGCGGCAAAACAAGCGCGAACACUUGAAUUGGAAUUUACAUUGGCGCCAAGAGCUGAUAAUCGUUAUCGACGUGGAAUGGGUCCACCGUCAUCGAGAAAUUUAAGAGAACAAGAUUGGAAUUCACGUGAACAAGAUGCUGGCGCAGUUGGUGGUGAUUAUUUACCACAGGAAAUGUAUGUUCAACAACCAUUGGUUGAUGUUCAAAGUACUGAACAAUUUCCAAGUCUUGGGAAUUCGGCGCCAAUUAUUCCCAAUAUGGGUAAAUCAAAAGGUCGUGGUAAUGUCACAAUUCGCAGUACAUUACGACAACCAUUGGAAAUUACAGAUGAGAAUUUCCCUGUUUUGGGACCCGAACCAAGUAAUAGUGGAAUUUCAAAAACAGUCAACUUUAGCGUUUCAAGUACAAAUAAAUAUGCUUCAAUUGGAGCGCAACGUCAACAAAAUUCAGCACCAACAAAUGUUUCAAUUCACGUGAAUCAUAAAGCAAAUGGCACUAAUAUUCGAAUUAGACCAACAUCAUCGAGAGAUUCUGAAUUCCCUGCACUUGGUCGCGCUGAACCAUCAACAAGUAAUUCAAAUACUUCACAAUGGACAAAAAUCACUUGUGUUAAACCUGCCGUUACACCAAAAUCAAAAAAAGUUGCACCUGCACCACUUGCCACUUCACCACCUACGAUUAAUUCAGGCGAAGAUUUUCCCACUCUAUUAAAAUCGUCCAAAUACAAUAAACAAUCAACUAUUUCAAUUGUUUCCUCCAGUUCAUCGUGGGAACCACCUCCGCCAACAUCAACACAGGCUUCUGAUACAGCAAAAAGUACAAGUGACGCAACGAAAGGUAAAGCAAAAAAGAAAAAAGUAAAACAAAAUGGAAAUACAAUUGACACACCAAAAUCAUGCGCCACAGAUAAAAACAUAAAAAAGGAUGAUUUAACAAAAAAAUUGAAUCCAAUGGAAAAAAAGAAAACAUCACCGAAAAAAGAAUUAAACAGUGAUAAUAAUGAUCAAAAAUUUACAUUACCAAAAAAGGAAGUGAAAAAUAAAAAAAAAUCCGAACUCAAUACCUCGCGUUCCGAAUCUUGUCUCAGUAAUUCUGAUAUUGAAAAUGGAACAACAAAUUCCAGCCAAAGAAAACGAUCGGAAUUAAAGAUCGAUAGUUUAAAUUCAACGAAUAACAAUAGUUUUAAUAAUUCUGAUUUUCCAUCAUUAAGCAGCGCUAGUAGUAAACCGCCAGGUUUUACAAAUCCACCACCUGGAUUUUCAUCAACAGUACCACCGCCAGGAUUUUUUGUGAAAUUAAAUAAUGUAAAACGUUUACAAAACGAUAAUGGAUUAACAUUCACUAAUAGUUCAGGUGAAAGUUAUUCAAUUAUUCCCGAUAAUGAUUGUCAAAAUAAAAAUUAUCCCUUUAUAACACCGCCUGAUUUUCAAAUGAGAAAUCGUAAUCUUGUUGAUAAAGUAAAUCAAGUAUUGGAACAAGAAUUAAUUGAUGAAUUUCGUUUUAUAAGUGGACUAUUUCGUCAGGAUCUUUGUAAUGCCGAGGAUUAUUAUGAACGUUGUCAUGCCGUUAUGGGUGAAUUAAUAUUUGAAAGUGUAUUUAGCGAACUUCUUGUUCUUUUACCGGACAUUAAAAAACAACAGGAACUAUUUAAGGUACAUAAAAAAAAAGUUAAUGGCCAAAUAAAAAAUUUAGAAUUAUGCGCAACAUGCGGACAAAUAUUGCGAAGCGCCGAUCUUCAAUCGCAUUUGUCAAAUCACACAUUUCCUGCCCUCGGUGAAAAAAAUGCCAUUGAACAUUCAAAUAAAACAUGGGUACGAAAAUAAUUUAAAAAUAUAAUAAUAUAAAACAAAAAAAAAAGAAAAAAAUCAAAUAAGUGUAUUUAUUUCCUGGUGAAGUAAUUUUUCUCAAAAACAAUCGACUAUUACUAAUUUGAGUGAAUUUAAAUUUUGCAAAACUUUCUUAAGCAUUUAACUUUUUUUUUUUGUAAAACUGUGUUCAAAAUCGAAUUUUUGAUAAAAAAAAAAAAAAUGGAAAUACGAUUUUUUGUUAAAAAAAAGAAUAUUCUGAUUUUAGUCUCAGGAAUCGAAUAUGAGAUUUAAAAUUGAAUCGGGAAAAUUUUUUUUUUUUUUCGUCGGUUGUAUAUUAUAUAGAUAUAUUUUAUAAGAAAAAAAAAAGAAAAAAAAAACUUAGAAAUGUAGUUUUGUGUUGAAGGGUCAAAAAAAAUUUUCUUCUGUAUUUUUUUUUUUUUUUUUUUUUUUAACUAAAAUCCGUGCGUGCCUAGUGUGUUCAAGUGCGUGCAUGUACAUAAUUAGAAAAUUAUGUUAGUAGUUUCAAUAGGUAUUGUUUAGAUAACGAGCUAUAUAAGAAAAAUCAUUCGAAAAAAAAGAAUAGAACAAUUUUAAGGCACAGUUUAAAUACGAUGGACAGUAUAAAAACAAGCAAAAAAAAAAUGUACUUCCAUCAUGUUUUGUACAAUAAUUAAAGUUAUAAAUAAAGUACAAGAUUAAUUUGUAAA